UCGUUCGUAUCACAUGUUGUGUGGUCUCGCUUACUCGGUAUGGGAGAGAGAGAGGAAGCUAAAGUGUCAGUAUUCCACGGAGUACCCGCGAUGUAUUCCCGCCUUGCUGCUGAUUAUGAUACGAUGUUUGCGGAUGGCAAGAUGGCGGAUUACGUACGGAGCACGCUUGGUAGUAAAAUGAGGUUGAUGUGUGCGGGAUCCGCGCCAUUACCUGAUAAACUGUUUAGGAAGUGGGAGGAGAUAUCAGGUAUUCGCUUACUAGAGCGUUACGGUAUGUCAGAAGUGGGUAUGGCUCUCAGUAACCCGUACAGACCGGUGGAACAGCGGCAGGUGGGCUGUGUGGGUGUGCCUUUACCUGGAGUCACAGCAAGGAUAGCAACUGUUGGUGAACUGAAACCAUUGGUUACCGUGGAAUCGGCAGUACCGGAUACACAGGUAUGUUACCUUUCUGUUAACUACACUCAGAGUCAAUUGAUUACUGAGAAACAUCCUUAG